AGGAUCUGUAAGCAACAAUUCUGCUGCUUACACAAGAAAUAUGACAUGCGCUGGGAGAGAAUCCACGCCGGAUUCCGUGGAUUCCUCCGUCAUUGUAGUAAAAGUUAGUUUGGCCCGAGAGCAAACAUAUUCAGUUGGGUAUAUAGAAGCAUUUGUGCGUGUCUGGUAGCUAGGUGGCAUCACCUUUUCCAUUCUAUCCUCUGUCGUAUUAAAUCCGGUUUCAAGAAGAUUGCAAACAGUUUCCCCCCUCUCAAGAAUGACUCGAAUUGCAGUUCCAGGCGGUGCAGGUGGAUUGGGAAAGACAUUUGUCCAAGCACUCUCUAAAACAAAACAUGAGGUUUUCAUCCUCAGUCGAACUGAAGAAGAACCAGAUCCACCAAUUGUCAAACACAUUAAAGUUGACUAUUCAGACAUCGAGUCGGUUGUCACAAUACUUGAGACCAAUCAAAUCGACACUAUCCUCUCAGCAAUCACCAUGGAAAGCAGCACAAGCUCACAGUCGCAACUAAACCUUAUCUUAGCAGCUGAUAGAUCAGCCACCACCAAGCGUUUCAUCCCUAGCGAGUUUGGAGUCAUUGCGAAUCGAGAGACUGCGGCGUUAGACCCCUACGCCAAAUACUGGGUCGAAAAUGCAGAGGCGCUGGCGAAGACGAAAACACUGCAGUACACCAGAAUCUCGACUGGUCAAUUCAUGGACUACUGGGGAAUGCCAAAUAUCGAGACGACGUUGAAUCCAUUUACUUGGGCGGUCGACAUCGGGGCUGGCGUGGCUGCUAUCCCUGGCACUGGCACUGAGAAGAUGUCGAUGACCUACACACCCGAUCUCGCACAGUUUAUUAUCAAGAUGCUGGAUGAAUCUGACUGGCCUAUACUCUGUGGCUUCGCAGGUCAGGAUGUCACGUUCAAUGAGAUUUUAAAAUGGGCUGAGGAUGCGACCAGGAGGAAGUUCAAGGUUUCAUAUGACAGUAUUGAGAAGCUUGAGAGGGGGGUAGUUACGAACUUACGAACUUGACGGAGUCAAUGGCCAAGGACAGCUUCUUGAGAGCUGCCACGAUCAUGUUUGGUACCAUGGCUGUGAAGGGUCUCAUUUUACUACCUGACGACAAAGGAUUCAGACUGAAUGAGAGAUUUCCGGAUUUGGAAAACAUGACCGUAGAGAAACUGAUAAAGGAGGCUUGGGCCUGGAAAUCUUAGUAUUACCUCUGAUGCUGGUGACAACAAGUUCGAUGCACUGUGGGCGGAUGAAGCUUUCGAUGUCGUGGUAGAGGGCCGCAAGAGCCCUGGUGGGGGAUUAUCUACAUGGCCGUUUUAAAUCGAACGCAUGCCCUUGAUGUCCAGUGAGUGAUGUGGCGUUCGAAGACUAUCCAUCGUGAGCUAGACCACGAUAAUAUGGGAGUAUAGAAUAUUCUGCUUGGACCAAGCAUGUCAAGGACAUACUUACCACAUUUUGAUUCGUUUAAGGACAAGUCACCAGCUCUAAAUAGAGUCACCUAAUGGAUUUGUUUAUUG